AUGGAUAACUAUAUUCGCCACCACCUUCCAUACUCGACAGGCCAGAUGGCAGCGCAGCCAGAGGCGCAAGGCAUUAGAGUAAAUUGGCAAAGAGAGGCACUUGAGGAAAAGCUACCAGACGCUUGCAUAGAAGCUAACCAGCCACGGGAAAUCCUCAAGGCUGUUACUGAACAUUUCCUAUGUAUGGCUGCUAUCCAACUCCGCUUCGACCAAGCCAUAAUUGAAAUCACAGAGCCACCACAGCGGAUUGAAAGCAUUCAUAUUAACCAAUACCCAGAGGGACCUUGUCACCGAGUGACCGGGGAAUUUAGUCACCGUGAUCUUCGCUAUCAUGUACAUGUGUGGAUUGUAGGGAACCUAUGGAUGCACAAGCAUAUCUGGGCCCAAUCCGCUACAAGCAAUAUGGACCCUCAACAUUACUUCGAUCCUCCACACGAUCCAAAUUUCUAUGCAGGAUGCACACAGUGCACGAGUCUGGAGCCUGGAAAUAAUGCACCCAAGCCAAGUCUCGACCAAAUACAAUCGUAA